AUGAGCAGCCGCGCUCGGUAUCAUGUGAUUCACCCAAAGCGCUACUGGGACGAGUCCACAACGUGGAAGAACUGGAACAAACUCACUGCUGCCGACAUCCACCACACCCUGAGGACAGAGCCGGGGUUUGAAGGGCAGAAUGUCUUCUUCUACGGCAACAAUCCCAUACAGUUCGUGCGAGUGGUUGGCUUGCUGGUGGACCUGGAGCAGCGAGGCCGAUACACCAUCUUGAGCAUCGACGACAGUAGUGGCGCCUGCGUAGACGUGAAGAUUGAGCGACGGCACGUCAAGGCUGGCGACGAAGCCGAAUAUCCCACCAACACAACGAUUGACAAUGUCCAUGUCAAGAUUGAGCUGGCUCUGCCAACCCUUUUCCUCAAUGCCAAGCCUGUGGACAUGGGCACGGUGCUGGAGGUGAAAGGCACAGUCUCAGUCUUCCGCAAUACAAGACAAAUCGAUCUGGCUCGGCUUUUCCGCGUCAAAGAUACCAAUGCCGAAGCUGCUGCCUGGAUCAAGACGGCGCAGUGGAAGAUGGAUGCUCUGUCGCAAGCAUGGAUCUUGAGCAACGAACAAAGGAGACGAGUAGAUGAAAAGGUGCGAGAGGCAGAACGGCAAGAGCGCGAGCGGACAAGGAAGAGGCGAGAAUGGCGUGCCAAGCGUGGUGACAAGCGACGCGAUCACGAGGAGAAGAAAGAAGCGAAGCGCAAGCGGUCGGAAGUGCAGUAUAAUACUGGUGCACUAUACGGCAGCCACUUGUUGCCUCACCCGUGGGACUGA